GCGGAAGUAAAACUAGAGCAACAUGGAGCGCAGCGAGCCAGGGAAUCUGGAUCAGGUGAAGCACGUGGUUCUGGUUCUGUCUGGUAAAGGUGGAGUGGGCAAAAGCACCAUCACUACUGAACUUGCCCUGGCACUCAAACAUAAGGGCAAGAAGGUUGGUAUUCUGGAUGUGGAUCUGUGUGGGCCCAGCAUUCCUCGGAUGCUACAUGUGGGAAAGCCGGAGGUGCAUCAGUGUGAUGCUGGGUGGGUGCCGGUGUAUGCAGACCCCCAACAGCAGCUUGCGCUCAUGUCCAUCGGCUUCCUGAUGGAGGAUCCCGAUGAAGCCGUCGUGUGGAGGGGACCUAAAAAGACAGCUCUGAUUGGUCAGUUUGUCAGUGAUGUGGCAUGGGGUGAACUUGACGUUCUGUUAGUGGACACGCCCCCGGGGACAUCAGAUGAACACCUGGCUGUGCUGGAAAACCUGCGCAAACACAGAGUGGACGGGGCUGUGCUGGUCACAACACCACAGGCAGUCUCUACAGGUGAUGUCAGGCGUGAGAUCACCUUCUGUAAGAAAACAGCUGUGAAGAUUCUUGGCAUCGUGGAGAACAUGAGUGGCUUUGUGUGUCCACAUUGUUCAGAGUGCAGUAACAUUUUCUCCAAAGGUGGCGGUGAGGAAUUAGCCAAGCUCACAGGAUCUGUGUUUCUAGGCUCUGUACCGCUGGACCCUCUCUUGACAGCGAGUCUCGAUGAGGGGCGGGACUUCAUGCAGGCGUUUCCCGAGAGCAGCACUUACACAGCCAUCAGUGACAUAGCAAACACUCUCCUCAGCAGCCUAGAAGCCUGAAACAGCAGCACACAUACAAGACAACACCAGAGUCUGAAACAGUGCUUUACAUUCAUAUAUCUUCUUCCAUCAUCUCAUUCAAGAUCAAAGAUGGGAUGUUCAGUGAACCCAGCCGUCUUGCUUAAUCAUGCAAAAUCUUUUUUCAAUUCAAGACACUGGAGUGUCAUGCAGAGCUACUCGGUAUGAAGUCUUUGUCAAUUUUAUAAUUUUUUUGUGUGUGCGUGAAAUCUGGAGAAUGUUAUUUAAUGACAAUACAAUAGUUUAAUACUGGUGCAACUUUCAGUAAUAAAAAAUAAACACUU